CACUAAUUACAAACGGUCCGAAAAUCGGUAUAGUUAGGUUACAAAGAUCGUAAAGUUCACAACCUUUCCUAUCACAGUUAUUUUUGAUUUGCACACAAUGAGUGUUUGACUUAAUAUCGAAACAAUAGUUUGUUGUUGGUGCGAGUUUAUUUAAAUUAUGGCUAAAGCUAAAGGCACAUUUUCCAGGAAAGCGUUCAGGCUGCUGAAAAGGUUAGGAAUUCUUGGAUACAGUAAGAAAAAAAAUAUAUUCGGAGUGCAUCCACUAGUGGUAUCGACGGCGUAUAUAGUGCUCACUCUAUUGCUAGCAGCGGUGUCGAGAAAAUUAGUUAAAUCAAUUUUUGGUAGCAGCGAAAGCAUAUUUAAGCAAAUAUUGUUAGAAUUUAUUGCGACCCUAGAAUUGUGCGCCGCAUGUUUUGAAUUAAUAAUAGUUGCAGACAACUGGGGUGUCGCAGCGUACGCGAUCUACCUAUUCCUGCUGACAAUAUGGUGGUCGUCACACUGGGAAGAUGCCUCGGCCUGCCCGUACAGUCCGAUAGAGGAUGUCCUAGAAGGGGGCAAGACCUUGAAGACUGUCGUUCUCGUAAUUGUAGCUCAAGUGUUUGCCGCCCUUGUAACGUUCAGCUACGUUCAGGUGCUUUGGGCCCUAGAACUAGCUGAUACGCACAGAGGAAGGGCCUUUGAAGAAUGUACGGCUGAUCUACAAGUGGAUAUGGUCGCAGGAGCAAUAAUAGAGGGGGUGGCGACUUGUAUAUGCAGACUGAUAUCGAGGACUCUUAGUGAGAGCAAUGCUAAGUUUGGAACUGUUUUGGAUGCCUUCUUUGGGACCAUGAUGGUUGUUGCAGCAUUCAACUUUUCCGGCGGGUACUUUAAUCCAGCCCUAGCGACCGCACUUAAACUUGGCUGUGAAGGGAACACAUUCACGGAACAUUUGGUGGUAUACUGGCUGGGCGCAACUGUUGGUUCCAUAUUGUCAGUAUUUAUAUUUAAAAUAAAGCCCAUCCAGAACUACGUUAAGAAGCUCAAGGAGAAACAAGAAUAGUUGAUGCAAAAAUGAAGUUGUAUUUUUUAUUUUUAAUAUUUGAUCUUGUCUAGUCAUUUGAAGAGAUUUUUUCGAAAAUAUACGA